UGCGUCUCUUCGGCUGCGGACGUGUUCGUGUGGAGUGCCGUGCAGUCGAGGCUCCUGAGCCUAACGAGGCGCCAUGCGUGAAUGCAUAUCCAUCCAUGUUGGUCAGGCUGGUGUUCAGAUUGGCAAUGCAUGCUGGGAAUUGUAUUGUCUUGAACACGGGAUCCAGCCUGAUGGUCACAUGCCCAGUGACAAAACUAUUGGAGGCGGAGAUGAUUCAUUUAACACUUUCUUCAGUGAGACGGGAGCUGGUAAACAUGUUCCCAGAGCAGUGUUUGUGGACCUGGAGCCAACGGUAGUCGAUGAAGUACGUACAGGCACAUAUAGGCAGUUGUUCCACCCUGAGCAGCUCAUUACUGGGAAAGAAGAUGCAGCUAAUAAUUAUGCCAGAGGCCAUUACACCAUUGGAAAAGAGAUUGUUGAUCUAGUGUUAGACCGCACGCGCAAAGUGGCUGAUCUGUGCACUGGGCUGCAAGGUUUCCUUAUCUUUCACAGUUUUGGAGGAGGCACUGGUUCAGGGUUUACAUCUCUGCUCAUGGAAAGGCUCUCUGUUGACUAUGGCAAAAAAUCUAAACUAGAAUUUGCAAUUUAUCCAGCACCACAGGUUUCUACUGCUGUAGUGGAACCUUACAAUUCAGUUUUAACUACACAUACAACACUGGAGCAUUCAGACUGCGCAUUCAUGGUAGAUAAUGAAGCCGCUUAUGAUAUAUGUCGUCGCAACCUGGACAUAGAACGUCCCACUUAUACCAAUUUAAAUCGACUAAUUGCGCAAAUUGUUUCAUCCAUCACAGCUUCACUACGUUUUGAUGGAGCCCUUAAUGUAGAUCUGACAGAAUUUCAAACUAACCUUGUUCCGUACCCACGAAUCCAUUUCCCCUUGGUAACAUAUGCCCCUAUCAUCUCUGCUGAAAAAGCCUACCAUGAGCAGUUAUCCGUGGCUGAAAUUACCAAUGCUUGCUUUGAACCAGCCAACCAGAUGGUAAAAUGUGACCCACGUCAUGGUAAAUACAUGGCCUGCUGUAUGUUAUACAGAGGUGAUGUUGUCCCUAAAGAUGUCAACGCAGCUAUCGCUACUAUCAAGACUAAACGUACCAUUCAGUUUGUGGAUUGGUGCCCAACUGGAUUCAAGGUGGGCAUUAACUACCAGCCUCCAACUGUGGUGCCAGGUGGCGACCUUGCAAAGGUGCAGCGAGCUGUAUGUAUGCUGAGUAAUACCACUGCCAUUGCUGAAGCAUGGGCUCGUCUCGACCAUAAAUUCGAUUUGAUGUAUGCCAAACGUGCCUUUGUACAUUGGUACGUUGGGGAAGGAAUGGAGGAAGGAGAAUUUUCCGAAGCCCGGGAAGAUCUGGCUGCCCUUGAAAAAGAUUAUGAAGAAGUUGGGAUAGACUCUGUAGAAGCAGAGGCUGAAGAAGAGGAUGAAUACUGAAAAUGCGGAAGUAAUAGAAAGUGUGUUCUGUAACAGCAGCAAAUGAAUUGCAGAAUCCUGUUCGCUUGCUUGCUUGUUUUCAGAUGCAGUUUUAAAUGUUGUACUGUUCAUUUUUUUCUUUGUUACUGUUUACACACACAGUUGCUGCGUAAGAACCAUUUGAAAUUACAGUUUUUGGUAGCAUCUAGUCUUGCACAACGUAAAGAUUAAAUUACAAACUUGUGUACGUGUCUGUAACGCUGUAUUUAUCUAUUUAUCUAUUUAUCAGUUUAUCUAACUGUAGUAAGGGUAAGUGCCAUUACACUUUUGGUCUGAACUAGAAUAUUUGCCAAAAGCACCAAACUUGCUACUUAAAAAAAUAAAAUUAAAAAAAAAAAAUGGGGAGACUCAGCAGACAAAAGGUAAAAUUUUCCAACCAGCGUGCCCCCUUACACUCAGUUCCACCUUAGAUAGUAUACUAGUAGUAACAAGUAUAGUUAGUAAAUAAUUAAAACUGGGGAAAAAAACUGUUCAGUUUUAAGCACAGUAUUGGUAAGGAUGAUGGCUGUUUACUUGACAUUUUGUUGUUUAUCUUGAGUGUGACUGUAUGUAUAAACUUACAGCCAUAUUGGGAAAACAAAGGUUGGUUUUAACAGACGCUGUAAAAUAACUUUGCUAAGAAUAAAUAUUGUAUGUGAUGAUAAUGUAAAACAUUUGUUCUACAUAUCAAUGUCACACUUUUGCAUUACUAGCAUGAACACAUUUCACUCAUUUGCCUAGCACACAAAAAUCAAAUCCCAUCCUAUUAUUACAUGGCAGAUAACUGACAAGACAAAAUCCACUAUUUCAAAAUGAACUCUUAAUUUCCUCUUCCAGAAAAUUAGUUCAUUUAUAUUUAUCAAGUGCCAUUAUCAAUCAACUUGCAUAUGUAGUAGUUAAUCCACGUUUUACCUUUCCUGCAAAUGAUUAAAGGCCCAACAAGCCCUGAGGCAACAUCUCUUGGAGCAUCUAUGUGAGAGUGGUAAACCCUGGUAAUGCAGUCUGCAUCUCCUUCAGCAGGACCUUGAUCUUCUGUCACAUCCCACAUAUAAGUGUACUGGCCUCCAGGCUUCACAGCAUCAUCUCUUUUUUCAAAACCUUUGGU